CGCCCGCCUCGCCGCUGGGGGCGGUGGCGCGGGGUUCGUGGGCUCGAGCGUUUGCCGAGCCAUGUCGGCGCUGGAGUGGUUCGUACACAAGCCCCUGGGCGGCGGUAUCUUUUGGAUACAGGAGCGCUUCUAUGAGUCAAGUAACCGCGCCAAUAUCUGGCUGGUGCGAGGCUCGCAGCGAGACGUGGUGAUCGACGCGGGACUGGGGCUGCGCAGCCUGCCUGACUACCUGCGCGACGCCGGGCUGCUGGCGCCGGCCGGGAGCGCCGGGCCGCGGCCGCUACUGGCCGUGGCCACCCAUGUCCACUUCGACCACUCGGGCGGGCUGCAGCACUUCAAGGAGGUGGCAGUGCACAGCGCCGAGGCGGCGGCGCUGCUGCAAGGCGACAACUACGAGGCCGUGACGUGGCUGUCGGACCGGGAGGUGGCGUGGUCGCCGCGGCCCGGCUGGAGCGCACGGCAGUUCCGCGUCCCGCCCGUCCGGCCCAGCCGCCUGCUGCAGGAGGGGGAUGUGAUCAACCUCGGAGAUCGACAACUCACUGUCAUGCACAUGCCUGGUCAUUCACGAGGCAGUAUUUGCUUACAUGACAAGGACAGGAAGAUUCUGUUCAGCGGAGAUGUGGUGUAUGAUGGAUCUAUGAUCGAUUGGCUUCCCUACAGCAGAAUCAGUGACUAUGUUGCAAGCUGCCAGCGCCUGAUGGAGUUAGUAGACAGAGGUCUUGUGGAGAAAGUACUGCCUGGGCACUUUAACAUAUUUGGAGCAGAAAGGCUGUAUUGGUUAGCUUCAAACUAUGUUUCCCAAGCUGGAGUUUGUCACAAGAUUUCUACCUGUGCUAUGAGAUCCAUUGCAAGCAUAGCACUUCGUGUUGCAAAUUCAAGAAUCACUUCUCAGUGACAGUCAAUUUUGUGUGAUCUGUCACCUGCUGUAAAAUGGGUUGUGAAAGCAUCAAUAACAAGCAGAAGCAGUAUGUGUUAGCAAAAAGAUGGCAGAUUGAUACAGGUGAAUUUCAAAAAUUCUCCCUGUUUUUUCCUACUUUAUUCAUGUUUUUAUAAAAACUCUGUAAACUAGUAGCUUUAGCCAAAUCUACAGUUUUUCUUUCUACUUUUUCAGAGCAUGUUUGCACACGUAUUGCAAUUAAAAUCUAUAUUUUUGUUACAACUCUGGUAGAUAUGCUAAAAUGAGAAGUUUUCCAUUCAUGCCUGAAACUUUGUUGAUGUGGUACUAGACAUGAUUAUCUAUCACCUCCUGCUCAGGUUUUCACCUAGCAGAGCUCUUGCGAAGAUCUAGUCUCUGCUGGGAGCAGUGCCAUUAGGUCACAGCAGGAGCAACAUCUCUGCAGGACUCAGUGGGCAAAAGGAAAUAAAUCUGCAGCCAUUGCCACCUGUGGGCAGGUAUCUGCUGCACCUCUCACCACCUGAAAUUUUAUCUUUGCAAAGUACUUGUCUGGCAGUUUCUUCAGAAUAUACUAACAGGUGGAAGUUCUAUAGACCAAGCUUUCAAGCUGGCAGUCACAGAUAGAUCAGUUCACCCAAAAGCUUUUGGUAAAGACAGACUAUUGAGGCUUUCAUGUUUCGUGGUGUGCUGCAAGGAACCCACUGCACCAAAAGAGAGGGAGCAAGCAGGAGCACUUUCACCACUGGCUAGAGAACUGUCUUCCUUGUAGGCAUGUGAGUUAGGAAUUAGAAAAUUUGUGAACUAGUGAAUUAAUGUGUUACACUACCCUGUACAAAUUGGAUUGAGCUUUUCCUGGAUGGGUUUAUUUUCUUCUGGUCAGCUCAUAAGAAAAACUUAGAGAGUAUGUUGUUCUGGAAGAUUGAGAGAAGUGAACUGUGAUGAGCUGUGUUUGUUCAUGCUUAAGGGGAUUUUCAUGUGACUGUUUUGUAACUUGGUUCUUAAUCAUCUGUGUUAGGAGAGGGACUGAGGCAUUAACAUGACCUUGCCAUAGUGAAGAUGUUGCAUUAAGCACCUAGUUUACUUUUUAUCACAAAAUGAAUGUAACUCAAAUUGUUUACUGUUUGCAUCUGAAGUAUGCUGCACAUGGUUGUUCUGAAAAUGUAAAGUAUGUUACAUUGAGUUUGCUCCAAAAAAAGUUAAAUACAUUUGAGAAAUGCUAAAUAGCAUUGUAACUUGUUUAUGAGAAUUGAAUGUGUGAUAUUUAAAAGCUGCAGAAAUUGUUAGAGUUUGUGUAAUUAUUCUAACAGUUUGUAUAUAUUUAACCUUUUUAAAAGGACACUAUCUGAAUUUAUUUUUGUACUUGGACAUAUGCAUGUUCCUAAAAAGACUGCAAAUGCUUCUCCCAAAUUUUAGUUGCAGUUUAACUUUACUUCUUGGCUUUGACUUUGUGCAGAAGGUUUUACCCCCAUCACAGCCAAUAGUAAGGGAGCCAAAGGUUUGGGCUCUUUCUAAGGCAUAAGGGAGACGAAGUUGAUAGCCUUCUGAAAAUAUGUAAAUUCUUGUGGGAAAAAACCCCAAACCUAUUGCAAAAUUUCAAAAGCAUCUCUGUCUAAAAAUGAUAAAAGAGAGUAUCUUAUGUAAGGCUUUUUUGCUUUCAUAGAUGACUGGACUCCUGCCUUUACUGUGAAUAUAUUCUUUACCAGAAUUUGUACUGAUUGGUUGUUGCCUAGUUCUUCUUAGAAGUGCCUAUCUCCAAGCUGAAGCAAAAUUGUGAGUGGGCAGAACAUGUGCAGAGAUGCACCACUUGAAAGACUUGUCAUCACUCAGAUCAGUUUCUUUUUUUUUGAGAACUCCAUGUACAUCAGUGUAUGAUGUGACUAGUGAUCAGUGGGUAGACUUAUGUCAUAGAACCAAGAGGUGUUUAUCUUGGCCUCAGCUGGCAGAGGAAGAAAUACGAAAACAGCCUGGGAAGUAGGCUGAAGUUAUACAUAUUGCUAAAGCUUACACAAGUUAUCCAGCAGAUGCCAUGGUGUCUCAGGUUACCUACAGUAAUUGAACUCCCGCAAAUUAGUUGAAAGUGGUGUAACACCAGUAAUAAUCAUUCUUUUUAACAAUGGUUUUGUGAAGACCGGGAGCCCUGUAGGUAACCUUGUGCAUUAAGGCAGUCAGCAAGAACUCCUGUCACAAAACCUGCCAGUAUGGAUGUCAAGUUGCUUAAGUUUUGCAAAUGUUCACUAGAAGAGUAAGGUCUCUUUGAAUUGGCAUUCUGUGUUAUACCACUAUCAGUUUGUUUAUUUGAUCCAGUAUUAGAAUUUCUGUUGCCAGAUUUUACUGUUUUGUAAAGCCUGAGCUCCUAAGAGGUGACUCACGGGCACAUCAGUUCAAAAAAAAGGUAACCUCCAUCCUCCAUCAUUUGUGGCUCAGUAUCAUCUGGGCUCAUUAUGUCUAUCAACUAGGAUCCUUAAAUGGCCAGAUCACUGUCAAAAUGUCCUAUUAAGCUAUGCUUAAGUCUGCUUAAGUAUGUAACCAAAUUUGGCAAAAUUUUGACUUUUUUGCUUUACCAAAACGUAGGGGAUAAUUUUGUAGCUCAGAAGUGAGAUUUACAUGCACAUAAUCCAAAGUGGAGUUUGUUAGUAAACUGCUGUUAUAAUCCAAAUGAAAGUAGCUUUUUGAGGGUCGUGAAAUUGUUUUUUGUAUUAUAAGAAAUUGACUAGAUAAACAAUACUUAAAUGAUUUUAAGUUAAAAGAACAGUCUCUGAUUAUUUUUGUUAAGGCUUACCAGAUUUUGAUGGUAAGAAUUUGACAGUCGUCCUUUAACACUACUUAGAUUAAAUAUUUAAAAUGUGCAUUGUAAGUUUAAAUACUGCGUAAUGUUGAGCAUUUAGAACUGUGUUGAUUUCUUUGUAACAUCUAAAUACAUGUUAAUGCAGUGUUCAGUAAACUGAGGAAUUGACAUAAAAAUAAGAUGGGAGGUUUUGUUCUGUAAUCUCUCAAGGCUGUUAUGAUGUUAAACAACAGUAUGCACAUUUUUUUUUUGGUGUGUAUUAUCAUAAUAAAAUAUUAUAAUCCUA